AUGCGGAAUACGGUGUUCAUCCCUGGCGAAGCGAUCAAAUUACCUUGUGUGGCUAUUGGUGCUCCGGCUCCAAGAUAUGUAUGGUAUAAAAACGGAAAAGAAUUCAAUUGGGCAGCAAAUACUGGAAGGUACACAAAGUGGCCAGAUGAAGGAACACUUAUUAUGGCUCGCCCUGGCACAGACGAUGAUGGAAUGUACCAGUGCCUUGCCGUAAACCAGUUUGGUGUCGCACAAUCCAAUAUGAUCAAUGUGAAAAGAGCUGAGCUUGGCGAUUUUGAGGCCUCCAAAACGAAGGUUAUUCGAGCGCAGCACGGUCAAAGUUUGGUUUUGAAGUGUAAUGUACCGCUGGGUUUUCCACCUCCAGUGGUGACUUGGCAGACCGAGAAAAAUGCACAAAUUCAAUACAUCAAGGAAAACAAUCGAAGGGCAACUGAUAUCAAUGGUUACUUGUAUAUUGCUGCGGUGAUUGAGGAUGAUCAUGAUACAACAUACACUUGCGUCGCCAAUAAUGAAGUGCUUCGAUAUCAGAAAAGUGGCCCUUCCUACAAAAUACAAGUCUCCGGACAGCAGACAAACUAUGCACUGGUUGAGCUCUAUCGAACACCGCGAACGGAAGUGACCGUUGUGGGUGAAUCUCUCAGCCUCAAGUGUAUUUACGGAGGCUUUCCGGAGCCACAGUACACCUGGUUUAAAGACGGCAAAGAACCAAUAAAUCUGCCAAACGUUAUUGUUCAAAAUAUGGGAACCAUGUUGGAGAUCAAUCCGGUGACAGAGGACGCUGCAGGGGAAUAUCGAUGCCAAGGAUCAAACGAACAAACAAGAGUCACUUUGAACGCUCAGUACACCGUUCGUGUUCAAGUUCGACCCACAUUUGUCGAAAAACCAGAAGAUAUCACUGUACCGGUGAAUGGAUCGGUGAUUUUCCGAUGCACAGCUACAGGUAAUCCAGCUCCACAAAUACGAUGGACUGUGAACGGAGAUGAUCCAUCUCACUAUGUGGAUGGCGUACGGAAAUUCCUACACGGAACUGUCAUGGAGCUGUACAAUUUGACCAUAAAAGAUACGGCUGUGAUACAGUGCAACGCGUCAAACGCCUUCGGCUAUGCAUUCACAAACGCCUAUGUGAACGUGAUGCGUGAACCGCCCUACUUCAUUAAACCGCCACAAACGGAAUUACGAGCAGUUGACGGGCAUCCGGUAACUCUUUUCUGUCAGACAUUUUCCGCUCCCAAGGCUCUAAUAUCCUGGUCAAAAGAUGGAAGACCAAUCAACGGAGGACGUUAUCAGAGCAUGUCAAACGGUGAUUUAUUCAUUUCGGCGGUCGCAAUAACUGAUUCCGGUGUGUACGAAUGCACUGCCACCAAUCCUUUUGGGAGUAGAAAAGCCUGGGGAAAGCUGAUGGUCAGAAGACAAACCACCAUUGUUUUGGCACCCAUUGACACUCAAGUGUAUGAAGGUCAAGUUGUGAAAUUUGUGUGUACCGCUGAAACGGACCCAAUGGAACUGGAGAACUUGAAAAUCACCUGGUACAAAGAUGACAAUUUGAUCAUGCCCGAGUUGACACCUCGUAUUCAACGUGUUUGGUUUGAUUACUCGCUAGUUUUGAGCGGAGCACAACCACGAGAUACCGGUCAGUAUCGAUGUAAUGCCAGCAAUGGUUUGGAUUUCGCCUACGCUACGGCUUCACUUCUCGUUCAAGACAAUUAUGCUCCUAUCAUGGAGUAUAUUGUGGAAUAUUCAACACAACACGAAAGAGACACUUGGUAUCCGGCCGAAAUUUACAAUUACACCGGCCUGAUUCAAAGUACAUCAAUCAAGGUUGUACUUCGCCCAUCGAUCUUAUACCAAUUUCGUGUCCGAACGAGAAAUUGGGUUGGAAUCUCUUUGCCGAGCUCACCGACAGAAAACACAUGCGGUAUCCCACCGCGUGUGCCAGCUAUCAAUCCGAAAGAGCUCUAUGUUUACGGAUCAUUGCGAAAUAAUCUGAUCAUUCGAUGGACGACUCUGCCUUAUAUCGAGCACUAUGGCAACAAUCUGGGCUACAAAUUGACCGUGGCCUGUUUAAAUUGUGACAUUAUUCCCCGAACGGCUGUGAACACAACGGUUGUCGGGGAUUGGCGCACGGACACAUUGACGUAUACCUCGUUUCGAGUCGGUGCAAUGGUAUACGAGAUGGAAACAUACAAAGAAUUCAUGGUGACAAUUCAAAGUCUAAACGAGAAAGGUGUGAGCACAGCACCGCCCACAUUGGCUUACGGUUUUUCUGGUGAGGCCGUUCCAACCAUUGUUCCACCAGUUCCGACGGUGUUGGCUGCCACUGCCCGGGGUGCACAGCUCCAAUGGCAAACGAUUUCCGCCGCUCAGGAAGCGCAAGUCCAAGGUUACUUUCGAGGAUAUCGGGUUGAGUGGUGCUUAGCGUCACUGACUACUACCGAAUGUGAGACAAACAAACGAUUUCAGGCAAGUUGUUCAAACUGA